UCUUUUUAGAUCUCACUGGCCGAUCUUAGGAGCACACGUGAAACAGAAUCUUUCGUGAAUAAAGCUGGUGAAGUGUGAGUUUGCACGACGCCUGUAUAAUGCCUGGGCUCGGAGCACGGAGUGUGUGUCUGCAGACACUGUCAUUGCAGAUGAGAAGUCACAGGUACUACGCCGCGAAUACAUCAAAGAAAGCUGUCAUUGCAGCCAAACAUCCUUUUGAGGCAGAGCUCCAAGCAGCGAAGCUCUACUCUUGGUGUGCUUGUGGACGUAGCAAAAAACAGCCUUUCUGCGAUGGGAGCCACAGGUCUAUCUCCUCAGCUCCCACUCCACUGACAUUCAAACUGCAAGAGGCGAAGAAGGUAUGGUUGUGUGGCUGCAAACACUCCAAGAGUCCUCCGUACUGCGAUGGCACUCACAAAGAGAGUUGGAUUCAACAGGCUGAUCUCCUGACAAGCCCCGUUUAGAAAUGCCUGAUCGCCCUGCAUCACAAUGGGGUCAUGCAAGCAAUUUACCUAAACUGCAAUAAAAAGAAAUUCAUUUGCUGUAAUUCAUCUUUUCUUGGAAAGCAGUUAAGGUCAAGAAUUUCUGACUGAUGUUAAUUUGUGGAAAUCCAAGUUAAAUUUAGCAAUUAUUGGGGGGGAUUGGGGAGAAAUGUCCAAAUAAAAAAGAUGUAAGUUUUUCAGUAAAGAAAAUAACAAAGUCAAUCACUCCAUAAGCAUUUUGCUAUUAUGCUUCAAAUCUUCUUUCUAGUUUGGUAACCAGCUUCUAAGCAUAUUUAAAAAGCACAGAACACUGUCUCCUGCAGGUAUUAGUUCUCCCUUGUGUUGACAGUGCAGUAGUCUAGUUCACAAACGCAUAAUGGAGCACAUUAAAAUUCAUUCAGGAAUGUUUGCAGUUCAUAUGAAACACUGGAUACUGGGUCUUUGACAGAUCCCUGUGCUGUAUCUUCACUUUCAAUAGUUUACAACUUUCCUCGUAACCAUAUCUGUGGGAUCUCCAGUGAUCUCCUCAUAGUUGUGACUGCAGGAGAUGAAGAAAACCUUCCAAUCUUGCAAAUCUUCAGAGAUCACACACUGGAAAGGGUCAAAGCGAUUAAUUUUCUGGAGGGAAAUUGUAUUCCCUCUUCCCCCAGUAUAUUCAUUUCAACUGACCCACCCACUUUCCAAGUAACUGCUUUGUAUAUAUAAGUAAGUUGGAGGGACAAAGGCCAACCUGAUUUACCAAUCACAUAACCUUAGAGUCACACAGCAUGGAAGCAGACCAUUCAGUCCAACCCAUCCAUGCCUAUCAGGUAUUCUAAACUGAACUAAUUCCAUUUGCCUGAAUUUGGACCAUAUCCAUCUAAAUAUUUCCUAUUCAUAUACCUGUCCAAAUGACUUUUAAAUAUUAUAUUUGUAACCACCUCUACCACUUCUCUGGCAGCUCACUCCAUAAGCACAUCAUCCUUAUGUGAAAACGUUCCCCUCAAGUCUCUUUUAAUUUUUUUCCCCCUCACCGUAAACCUAUGCCCCCUAGGAUUUGGACUCCCCUACUCUUGGAAAAAGACUUUGGCUAUUUACCCUAUCCAUGCCCCUCAUGAUUUCAUAAACAUCUAAGAGGUUACCCCUCGGUCUCUGACACUCCAAGGAAAAUAGCCCCAACCUAUUCAGCCUCUCCCUAUAGCUCAAGCCUUCUAACCUUGGCAACAUCCUUGUAAAUCUUUUCCACAUCCUUUCAAGCUUAACACAAUCCUUCUUCUAGCAGGACAACCAUAAUUGUACACAGUUUUUUUUAAAAGUGGCCUCACCAAUGUCUUGUACAGCUGCAACCACCAGCCCAUAAUGUGAAAUUUACAACAUUUUGAGCUGCAGUUUUAACCUGACAUGCCAGAUCAGCUCAGGAUCGGGCACGAUUUUUUAAAAAUGCAGUUUUACAAUCCGUUUACAGAUGGUCUUUCUUUCCAUCAUUGCAUUACAUACCCUCAAACUAGCAAAUUGUGGUUAGGAUUAUCUUCCAGCAAGAUGAUACAAUGCCUUAUUUAAGACCGCUAUUUAAAAAAUGCGAGUAAUGAAACAAAUCAUUAUUUAUUUCCCAAGGGAUUUCCCUCAACAAGAAGUACACCGUUCCACCUAUUCAGUAAUGUAUGCAGAUGGUGGGUGGCCAAGCUACCACCGUUGACAGCUUAAUCCUUGCAAGAAACAGUUUUAAUAUUUUAGAGAUCUCUGCCUGUACCCAACCCAUUUUCAAAUCCUACCUAAAACACUAAUCUUUUCAAAUGGAAUAUUUACUAAAUUGCUAAUAUAGUAUUCCAGUGCGUCAUAAAGAACAGUAAGGGCAUUAAUUAACUUUUCAUGUGAUUUUUCGUGCAGUGUUUAAGGUGUUCACUUUACGUUCCUGCCUGCAGGAAGCAUCACAUUUGCUAACCUUACUUCUGAUUAAUGAUGUAUGGUUAGUGUACACAAAGAAUUGAAGGGAAGUUUGAAUGCACUGAUUUUCUACUUAUUUUCCCUUAAACAAUGGAUAUGAGGAAAGACAUAACUUGCAUUUAUGUAGUGACUUUACAAAUAUUACUUUACAAAUCUAAGAACACUUUACAGACAAUCAAGUACUUUUGAAAUGGCUUUGCUGUUAUAAUGUAGCAAAACAUUGAGAGACACUUCAAAAGCACUUUACUUGCAUUAACAACUCUUGCUAAACGGUCAAUGAAGUGUCUUUGAACUGUGCUAAAAAUAUUUGUUAGUAUUGUGUUACUUUUAGUGUGGAGAUGAUUUACUACAUCAUAAAAUAUCGCUCAAAUUGUUUUAAAUUGUACAAAUGCUUUUUACUGCGUCAUAAUAAAUUGGAACAUGAGUCACUAUGAUGCCCACAUUUUUCCAAGAUGUUGCACUCUGAGGAGCUGAUUCAUGAAAUGAUAUUCCUUGGCCAAGUGGAGCUGAUUACAUUUAUUAAUGCUGUUAUGAAGUCCAGCUUACCAAUUAAACUUAUUAUUGGGCAGUGAAACCAAAAGACAUGAAACUGUUUAGGAACCAAAUGGGUGCUAUGAAAGGAUUGAAUAUGAGUCCUUUCAGGAUUGAUGACUUACUGACCUGAAUGGCCUUUCUCUUAUCAUUUUUUUCUUGAAAACAGCUGACUUUAAAACAAGAUUUGAAAACAAACCUGCCUUUGCAUGUUAUGUCAUAAUAUGUCAGCCUCCACUCACUAGGUAAGCACACUUAUUUCUGAGUCAAAAGGUCAUGAAUUCAAGUCCCACGCCAGAAAACUGAUACACCCAGUGUAUCACGUAGAGAGUGCAGUACAGUCAGAGGGACCAUCUUUCAGACAAGAUGUUAAAUCAAGGCCCCUCCAACUUUCUCAAGUAGGUGUAAAGAAUCUCUUGGGACUACUUUGAAGAAAGGCAAGAAAUGUUCUGAUCAAUGUGUAAUGCCUCAACAAGCACCAAUAGAAAUUUUUCUCUGAAUAUUAACACAUUACUCAUUUGGAAACAUGGUGUGUGAACGUUGGCUGCCAUGCCUCCUGCAUUACAACAGUGACUACACUCCAAAAUACGUUGUUGUAAAGAGCAUAAGGCACUAUACAAAUGCAAGUUUUUUUUUCUUGUACUUUGUCUUCUUGAUGAGCGAUACUUAGCUGCAGGAAAUGUGAUCUACAGUUUCACCAAUGUGUGUCACCUGUUAGUGGUCAUGAACAAGAAGUGUGGUUCAGUCUCCCCUCUAUACAUUAGAACUUAGGCCUCAUCAGUGUAGUCACUCUUGCAAUCAAUGGUUGCUACAACUGGAGGUGAAGACUUGGGACCUUUUUCUCUGUCUGUAUACACAACAGGUGAACUUGCUCAGUCACGGGCUACUGAUCUUUACUGCCACUGACAUUUUGUGCAAACUCAUCAGCCAGACACCCUCAAUAUAGCAGUGUAUUCUGUCUUAGUUUCAUGCAAUUUACCUUAUUUUUCCGUAAGAGGUUUUGUGACAUGAUAAGCAUUUGUCUGAUGUGAACUGAAUCUGUCCAGCCUAAACCAAUGGUCACAAAUCACAUGAUGAUUUUGUUGAUGUUAAGAAUGUGUUUACUUGGAAAUAAUUAAAGGUAUAUUACAAUC